AAGUGCUGGAUUUUCAUUUGCGCUGAUACUGUUGUUUUAUUCAAUAUGGGUCAAAGAACACCGAACACAGAUGAGAAUCUACGCUUGCUGUGUACUGUUUACUAGUGGAUGCUGGUACUUCAUCUUUCUCAUUCCAACGUUUGGGUACAGAGGCGUAUUUGCGCUGAUCUGGCUUCUUGUGGAACAGCUACAGUAUGGAAUUAGCGUACAUCCAUGGUUUAAGCGGUUGUUAAAACUGGAGUAUUCAACAGCUUUGAACAUCGAACAUGAGGAUGAACGUUUCCACUCGUUCUACGUCAUUGCCAUUGGUGAGUUUGUGUACUCGAUAAACGCCGAGUCUCCCCUGUCCGUUGGAUGGAACGACAGGUUAUCAAAGGGUAUCAGCUUGUUGAUCAAUGCCGUUUUAUUCAUGGCUCUCUAUUCUCACAAGGAUGGUUCAAGAAAAGCAACUCACGCAUUGCGCAAUUCACCAACCACAUCGAUGGUUUAUAUCUAUUCGCACUUCUUUGUCAUUGGGGCCUUGCUUAUUGUUGGAGAUGCUGGAGCUGAUCUGUCAAAGAUACAUGUGAACUAUCUGGAACCGGAGGAAUACGGCGUCUUAUUCUACUACCAUGUGGGCAUUUUCGUUGCGCUGUGCGCACUAACAGUGAUAGCAGCAAUGGAUCUUGACAGGACUGAUCCAGGCUUCCACCAGGUGUCCAAAUUUUGGCGAAUAGGCUUCAGAGUCCCUAUUGGUGCGCUGAUAUUCGGACUCACAUGGGGUCUUAAGGAUAAGUCAAUAAAGGAGACCAUGUGGAUUGAUACAAUGUUGCUUUUCGUACUAUUUGGAUAUGAGUUUAUCGUCAUGAAUCCAUGGAGAUACUACUUCGGCCACAACCGCUUGGUUGAAUUGUGAUUGCUUGCCGACGUCAUGUUAUCGUGUUCUGAGCCUUUGGAUCUGAAGGAGAGAUUAUAUAUGUGUUUGUUUGCGCUCUUAUCAGGGGAAUAACCGAAAUUGAUUGCUAUGUUGUCUGAUAAGCCCCUAUGCAGAAUCCCUUACUUUUGGCGCUAUCAGCUACAUGAUUCCCCAACGCAAAUGGAUGUUGUGGCCAAUUGAAAGAGCCUAGAUCAUUCAGGCGGGGUGUUUCCUGCAAAAAAGUCCAAACGGCCGCUUUAGAAAGUAAGGUGUCCGGGUGUGAGGGGUGAAGGGGAUGAAAUUUUCGGAAUUCAAGUGAUUUUCCCCUAAAUGUUACCCAAAUCAGUAAGACCUGUGUA